GGGAAAUAACUCUUGUAGAUAUGAGAAAUGAGCUGUGUUAGCCUAGUUAGAAGGCUCGAGUAGACCGAGAAGAACGUACAAGAUGACGGCUGCACAUUACCUGUUUGUUGCAGUCGCGCAUAUGAUUGCAGUUAUUAUCGGACUCUUGUGCGCUCUGUCGUUGUUAUGGAGGUGCAUUCGCCAUCCGUUUCUGUUUUUUAAAGAGGAGACAAACAAGAAAAAGAGAGACGUUAUGCCAGCAUGUCUUAACGAUCCGACUCUUGGAACUCACGGGUUUAUCCAUUUGGAGCAUGUGAAGCUGCACUAUGUGUCCAAUGGAGAUGAAAGUAAACCCUUGAUGCUGUUGAUCCAUGGAUUUCCAGAGUUCUGGUACUCCUGGAGGUUUCAGCUCCGUGCCUUCUCUAAGGACUACAGAGUCGUGGCAAUUGACCAACGAGGAUACUCUGAGUCCGAGAAACCAAAUGGCUACAGCAACUACUCGGUUGAUAAACUAGUGAGCGACAUAAAGCAAUUGAUUCCAGCUCUUGGUCACAGGAGCGCAGUAGUGGUCGGCCAUGACUGGGGUGGUGCUGUUGCCUGGGCAUUUGCCAUGAGGCAUCAAGAUAUGGUUGACAAGCUAAUUGUCUUGAAUUGCCCACAUCCAUCCACCUUCAGGAACUACCUUCGACAACACUUUGAGCAGUUUAAGAGGUCAUGGUACAUGUUUUUGUUCCAAAUACCACACCUGCCUGAGUAUAUAAUGAGCAGAGAUGAUUAUAGGUCAAUCAAAGAAAUGUUUACUGGCAAACGUGGAGGUGUAAAGGUUGGAACAGUUUCAGAGGAUGAUCUUGAAGCAUACAAAUAUGCUUUCUCUCGUCCAGGUGGUUUUACCGGCCCAUUGAACUUCUACCGAUCAGCAAUGAAAAGUAAUAUGCUUACUGUAACAAAUGUCCCGAAGAUUCAAAAACCCACUUUGAUUGUGUGGGGCUGCAAGGACAUGGCUCUAUGUGAAGAACUUCCAGCACUGGCCAAGGAUUAUGUCACAAACCUUACCAUCCAGUAUAUCCAGGAUGCCAGCCAUUGGGUCCAAAUGGACACACCUGAUAUUGUUAAUGAGCACAUGCGAGAUUUCCUUCAGGAAAUCAAUUAGAGUACAUUGACAACCUCUAAUUUCACUUCUGAGAAAUUAAAACAUACAUGAUUAAGGGAUGUAUAUGACGUAACAGAUAAGUGCUACCUAUGUCUAUGUAUUGUGAGUGUAGAACAAGAAGAAUUUCCAGGCAUUAUUAUCAGCUUUUUGUUAACCAGAAUGUUUAAAAUGUCACUUUAGCUUAUGUGUUGUAAUAAGAACUUUUCCCAUGUUUGUCAUUUAUCUGCCUAGUGUUCCUUUCUGUGCACAUCUUCACAGAAGGAAAUAACACGGGCUAAUGUAUUCAAACAGAGUUGAAAUGCUGUCAAUACUUAUAAAUGAAAGUCAAGGUCAUAUAUAAACCCAUGGAAAUGACCUUGGCCAAAAGCGAAGUUCAUGGAAGUGAGAUAAAUAAUAUGUGUAAGAGAAAGAGGCCCAUUUGACAUCUAGUGAAGAAAUACUUGAAUAUGAUGACAUUUUAUUUGUUCCAUGCCUCAAUAUGAUCCUCCUGCAUCCUCUACAGGCUAGUUUUUGAAUUCCAAUCAUGAAAAUAUAUCAGAUGAAAAUUUUUAAGUUACUGCAUAUAUUUUUGUGGAGUUCAGUUUUCAUGGUUUUUCAAAAAAUCAUUAUUUCUUGGAUAUUUGAUUUCAUGGUUUAAUAUAGCUUAAUUAAUGUCCUUGAAUAAAUUACAGAGGUAUAUCUGUUCAUGGACAUAUGAAUUCAUGGGUAAAGAUUACCCAGGAAAUCAGUGAAAAUAAUCUCUCACAAAAAUAUGUGAUGUCACAGUAUGUUGGUUGUAACCUUAUCAGUAGAAAGUUUUUCAUGAAGUGGUGUCAGAUGAGAUUUUACAAGAGACAAAAUGUACUUUGAAAGUAAACUUCUUUUUAGUAAGCCAAAGAUAACCAAAGAAAUGUUAUUGUGUUUUUGUUUUACCUCCAUGUAAGACUGUUUUUGCAGAGAGAUACAGGUUGUUACUAUAUUUAGUUUAUAAUAACCUACAGAAGUAUCAUCAGUACACUACCUGUGAUCAAAUCAAUUUAAACUCCAGAGUCUUGUUAAUCUUCUAUAUUAAAUAAGAUUGUAUGUUGGUCCCUAAGGUUUCUCUGGUGAGUGAAUUAGAGUAAAUACGGUGUAAUGACUGAAUGGAUAACUGUCAUACCACGGGAUCAAGAAUUUGAUGAAUGUCGCAGGGAAAUGAUGAGGUAGAUAUAGCACUUUAUCAUUGAGAGGAGCACUUAUGUUUAGUACACAGCCACAGGGAAAUGAUGAGCAAGAUUUAAUAUGUGCCAGGUAUAAAUAAUUGUUUAUUCUUGAGAAUGGAAAACUUCAUGUAUUAAGUUUUGAAAGGAAAAGUACAAUGUUGAUUGAUUUCUUUUUUAAUUUGCAAAGUUGCACAAAAUGUACCUGAAAUAUUUGUAUGCAUUAAGUUGUCAAAAUUGUCCGUAUUUCUCUAGAUUUAUAUCAGCAGUGAAUGGGUUAUGUGUUAUUUCAUUGUUUUGAUUUAUUUUUUCAAAGAAAUGAUAUCAUUUAAAAUCCAUGUUGAAUUUUGUGAUUUUAGAAACCUUUCUCAUGACUUUUGAUAAUUUCUUAAAUUUGCUUGUGAUAAUAUUGAGUAACAUAUAUUAUACACAUAUUACUGUAUGUACAAUCUAUCGUAGUUGUGUUGUAGUUUACUCUACUGGCUUUAAAGCUAAUUGUCAUUCUAUGGUAACUUGUAAUUAACUUUCUUUUUAUACAUA